AUGGAUGCUAUUAAUGCCCAGCUAGAAAUGCGCGACGUUCUCGUUCAUGCGGGAACAGGAACAGGGAAGACAGCCAUUGCAGCAGGGCCUCAUGUUCACCCAAGUGCAAAGGGGAAAGUGUUGAUAAUGGUGUCACCACUUAUCGCACUACAUGACGAGAUGGUUGAUACAUUCCGUGAAGAAUUCAAGCUUGUCGCAACAGCGGUUAAUAGCAGUAACGGCGGGUGCAUAACAGAGAAACUGAAGAGCAUCGUCAAAGGCGACACACAAAUCAUCUUGAUUUCUCCGGAGCUCCUGCUUUCACGGCGCUUCAUUAAGGAGGUGCUCAAGAACACCGAAUUCAAGAAAAGGGUGCUCUCUGUGAUAAUCGAUGAGGCCCACGUCAUCUCGCACUGGGGGUCAGGCUUUCGAAAGAAGUACAGCAAGCUUGGAAUUAUUCGAUCUUUUCUACUAAAAUUGACUCCAAUCGUUGCACUUUCUGCCACUCUUCCUGCCCGUGUUCGGAGAGAAGUCCUUUGGGUACUACGGUUUGAUCAGAAGAAUUUCCUGGACAUCGACAUAGGGAAUGACCAACCUAAUGUUUCCAUUGUGAUCCGUGGCAUCCAACACCCACUAAACACGUAUGCCGACCUCGAUUUCGUCAUUAACAAGCUUGCAGAAUGGCCGGACGAUAUCCUCAAAUCAUUUAUCUACUGCGAUAGCAUUGCAAUGGGCACCGAGAUCAUCGAUCAUCUUACAGAUCUCUUACCUGAGCAUCUCCAAGAUGUUGGAAUAAUUCGACCAUACAACGCAUGCUUCUCCAAAAAGUAUCGACGGGCAGCGAUGAGGGCAUUCAAGGAGGGUUCUGUGCGCAUCCUUGUUUGCACAGAUGCUGCAGGAAUGGGAUGUAACAUCCCAGACGUCGACCUUGUUGUCCAGUGGAAACUCCCAACCUCUGUGUCAGCCUUUGUCCAAUGGGCAGGCCGAGCUGCUCGUUCGCAUGAUCAUCUUGGCCUUGCUGUCCUGCUCGUGGAGCCGUCAACGUACAGCAUCAUGCUGGAUGAAAAGGGAAACAAACCGGACGCGACACCAAGUGGCACUGAUAAAACGAAGACGAAGAAGGCGGCAUCUACACCCGCUGAAAAGGCAAAGGCGGCAGAGCUGAAGAAACUAAAAAAGAAUCAUGCAAAGGUGCGAGGUGUCCAACGCGGGUCGUUGGGAGGUCGGCACAAUACGAUCCUGGCACCUGUCGAAGAAGGGUCCUGGGCCGUGAUCUAUGGUCAUGUACUAGUCGCAGUCCCGUCCGUUCCAUGUUGUGAUAUCUGCUGCCCCGAACUCCUGAAUCACACGCGCCCGGGGAAAAAGCCAAAGAACAUGAGGGCAAAGGUUGUCAAGAGAGGCGAGCCUUGUCAACUUGUCAUUGACGCGGUCGUUGCAUGGUGCUCUAAGAUCAAGGCCCGUGACUUCAAAGAUGCGUUGUUCGCAUCGGAUGGGCUGGUUUCCGAUGAAGUUGUUGAUUUGCUGGCAAAUGUGGGGCCAAUCCAAUGCCCGGAACAGCUCUCAGCAGCUGUCUCGGGCCAGUGGGGUUGGGAAGAGACCUACGGAGACAAGCUCUUGCAGGAACUGCUCAAGCUCGACAUACCACCUCUAAUUCCGCUGCCCACAGCACCCAAAGCAGCACUGAAGAGGCCAGUUGUCAACGGGCAAGAGCAAGGAGCCGUGGUAACAAAGAAGCAGAAGAAGACGGUGAAAGCCACCCAGACCGCAAAUGAUCUGACAGGAGCGCAGCCACUUUUUGUAAUCGAAGGCUAUUCCCAGAGCCCUCAGAUGUGCAGGGUUUGCCAUCUGCUGGAGGUUCUAGAAGAGGGAGAGGUGCAGGAGCAUUGGAUGAAGUAG